AUGAUGAAAGACAACAUGGACCACAAAAUGAACUACGUGACGCGCACUGUAGUCAACGAAGUUUCGCAAAACGUCAGCCGAAACACAUCUGAAAUCAUAGAACUGAUCAAUGGCAAUUUGGACAAAUGUUUGAAUGACUGUCUGGAAAAAGCCCAUUUGCCACUGCAACAAUAUGAAGGCAAGAUUGAUACUGUGGUUGAAGGGGUUCAGGAUUUGAGGGAAAAAGUCGCGGAAUUUGAAGAGAAAACUUCAUUAGAUAAAUUGUUGAUAGCGACCCCUUGUAUCAAGGCUAUCGAAACCUAUGUUCAACAGACAGAAAGCAUGGUAAAGACGCUCAGCUCCGAUCUGCAGAAAAUGAACGAAAACUUUACUGCUUUCGAUGAGAAAGUGUCUAGUUACCAGGAGAAAGUUCCUAACACUGUUGUGGAACAAAUCGUUUCAUCGAUUCGACAUCAGUUCGCAACUGCUCUCCAAAACAUGAAAAAACAGUUUCAACAACCCGUUGAUGACGCCCAGAAUGUGCAGGUUUUAUCGGUAAAACUAAACGCGGCUCAGAAAGAAGUCGACUCGAUCCAGAAACUGAACGAGUAUUUGAAAGAAAAGUGUCACCGCUUGGAAGCGUUUUCUACUUUGGCUGAGGAGCAAGAACGGAUGUUCAACAGCACCAUCGAAAAGCUUUCGUGCAAAGUCUGGCAGUAUGAGAAGAUUUUUCAAGGCAAAAAUGGCACUUUGAAUCUGAAUGACGUUUCGUCGGUUGCCGUCCAAACUUUGUUGGGGCCUGAAGAGGAGACUCUCAUCCCAUCAGAAAAGAAUCCUACCAUAAAAGAUUUGAAGUACGUCAAGAUGGAAAGGACCGUAAAACGAUUGUCCAACAAUCGUAGUGCUUUUCUGCAAAAUAUCCGUGAAAAACACAUGCGGUCAGCUUCGAAGGUAGAAGUUCCGGCUGAUCGCAGGUACGAACAGUCAUCAUCUGUUCUAUGGCCCUCUGGCGAUUUCAGAUGUUUUGCCUAUUUGAACUGUGUAUAAAG